AUGUCGGAGGCUAGUGUUGAUGCCGGCCAGAGCCAGCCGGCGGCCCAGGAUGGAGUCGCGAAGGCCCCGGUGGCGGCGCCAACUGGACCUGCGCCUGGUGCGGGAGGCGGACAGGCGCCGCCGCACUGGGGCCAGCAGCCUGUGGGCCCUUCCGCCGGCUGGCAUGGAGAUGUUCCUGACGGUACCACGCCACCGCCUGGCUACUAUUACAUGAUGCCGGGCGCCGAGUACAUUCCGGCGAGCUGGGGCUCGCCGCCCAUGGCCGCAGAUGGCGGCGGCGCUGCCCAGCCGGGCAUGGUGCCACCGCCUCCCGGCGCAUUCAUGGGGCAGCCCACGUGGGGGGAGGCCUACCCUGGGCCUACCUUUGAGCAGCAGCAGCAGUACAUGGCCAUGUGGUGCCCGCCUGGAUACGGCGGUCCCGGCUACCUGGUGCCAGAUGCACAGCAGGCCAACUGCAUGCCUCCGCCACCAUACGAGGAGCAGCAGUACGAACAGCAGCAGUACGAGCAACAGCAGUACGAGCAGCAGCUGAUGUACAUGCAAGCCUACCAGCAGCAGUUCUACCCAAUGCCUCCCCAGCCGCCACUGUUUGCCAUCUCGCCGGCCCAGCCGAUUCAGCGCCAGGUGUCACGCCGCCAGCAGCUGGUGCAGCGGCGGCAGCAGCAGGAGCAGGGCCGGCUGGCGCGCAAGAAGAAGGCGGCGCUGCCGGCGGAGGCCUCCUUUGGGUGCGAGGGCAGCUUCCUGGCCAGCGCAGAGGCCAGUGUGGUGGAUGACGCGGGCUCGGCGGCGGCCACACCCCGCUCAAGGCGCAGCAUCGACGGCCCCGCAGCGCCGCCACACCACGCCCGCCGCUCCUCUGAUGCCGGCCCCGCUGCGGGGGGUGCGGAGCUAGCGCAGCUGCGUGCGCCAGUCCUGUCGUCGUCCUCGCUGCCGCACCCCCAGCCAGGUGCGGGCAAUUCCCAGUCGCCCUCCAUAGUGUAUGACCGCGCCCCCCGCGCCGUGGCCUGGCGGCCCUACAGCUAUGCCGACUACCGCGGCCGCAACUAUGAUGCCAAGGCAUCGGGGAGGUACUGGGAGCUGGGAGGGCUGGGACCCGCACACGGGGCGGGCACCGGCACCAGCGACGCGCAGUGGCAGGCGCAGCAGGACAAGCGCGAGCGGCAGCAGCAGUUUGGGCAGGCGGUGAGUGAGUGGGGCGCUGCUGCAUUGCCAGGCAGGGCCUGUCUGGAUGGCUCCCUGCUGCAGCUGCUAGUGUAUGGCAGGCGAGUGGACCAAUCCCUGGUCGCACCACCCCAUGCAUGCCUCGCCCUCGCCGCUCGGCGCCGCCACUCCUGCAGGCCAGCAAGCAGAACCGCGAGCGCAUCGAACGCAUAG